AUGACCUCUAGGAAGAAAAUGUUGCUGAAAGUUAUCAUCCUGGGAGAUUCUGGAGUUGGUAAGACAUCAGUCAUGACCCAGUAUGUGAACAAAAAAUUCAGUAAUCAGCACAAAGCCGCAAUAGGAGCAGACUUUCUGACAAAGGAGGUGAUGGUGGAUGACAGACUAGUUACAAGGCAGAUCUGGGACACAGCAGGACAGAAACAGUUGCAAUCUUUCAGUGUGGCCUUCUACAGAGUGGCAGACUGCUGCCUUCUGGUAUUUGAUGUGACUGCCCCCAACACAUUCAAAAGCCAUGAUAGCUGGAGAGAUGAGUUUCUCAUCCAGACCAGUCUCUGGAAUCCUGAAAACUUUCCCUUUGUUGUGCUUGGAAACAAGUUUGAUCUCUAAAACAGACAAGUGACCACAAAGUGAGCACAGGCCCCAUGCUAUAGCAAAAACAAUAUUUCCUACUUUGAGAGCAGUGCCAGGGAAGCCAUCAAAGUGGAGCAGGCAUUCCCAACUAUUGCACAGAAUGCUCUUAGACAGGAAAUGGAGGUGGAACUCUACAACAAAUUACUAGAACCCAUCAAACUGGACAAGAAUGACCUGGUCAAGGCUUCAGAAGAAAGCUGCAGUUGUUGA